AUGGAAGCGAAAGCGCUGCCUCGGCACAGUGCCAGCAGCCUGCGAAUUUCGCAGUGGUCCAAGGUUAACGACUCGCCUGAGAAGGGCGGAGAUGCCCAUCCGAAGUUGAAUGAGCAUGCGAGGGUGUUGUGGCCGAAUUUGCUCGGCAACGAGAAACACUCCAGCAAGGCCCGCGCAAAGACACGCGGCAAGGCUCGCUGCAGAUCGCUGCCCCGACCCACGUCAGCACCGAACUGCACAGCAUGGCGAGCUGCAGAGGAAGAGGCCGAUAUCGCGACCAGCCGGGAUCUUCCGCAGAGAGGAGGCCCCUUGGCACAGCUCCGGAUUCCAGCAUCGGCUCCUUCGGAUGCUGCCACCGUUCGAGAGGACCUGGGAGACAUACCAGGCGUGGAGGAGAUUCGGUGUCGCCAUGCUGGUGUUCCCUGGACCUGCCAGCCUCGAGGAGCAAGGAUUCCAGCAGGUGGUCAUUCCCAGAUGGCCCUGGAACUUCGGGAGAUGCUUUUCAGGGCAGAUGAGGCUGCCUUGGAGAAGAGAUUUGGCCACCGGCACGCGCGAGAUGCACUCCCACGGGAAGUGCUGCUUCGUUGGACCCUCGGUUGCUGCCUUGAGGCAUUGGGCUUUCCCGCGGCAGCCGGUGGUCUCUUCGCGUCCUGCGUUGCACGAGACUGCGGGAACCCGGUGCAUCCCUACAACCGGGGCGUUUGCCAUCUCCGGGCCGGAGCACCCCGCGCUGCUUCGCGGGACUUCGACCUGGCAGUGAGCAGGUGCAUUGGUCGUGAUCUGGCUCCACCACCGUUGCUGUUGGUGCGUCGUGCGCUGACGGGAUCCAUGCUGCCUGAGCGACAGGCAGAAGUUUGGGCGGACUUCGAGUUGGUUAGGCGCCGCGUGGCCAACAUGGGCGCCUCCCUGCGGUCGAUCCAGCGGGACCUUGCCCGGGACAAAAUCAGCUCCUUCGCGCAGUACCAACGCAUGGUGGUGCAAGCUCAGCCCGCGAAUGCACCGCAUCGGCACUGGGCUGCUGCAAUUCUGGCACGCACUUUCCGCCAGCAGAGCGCGGUCAGUCGCCUGACUGAGGUGGAACUGGAGUCGCUGACCCAUCUGCUGCGGAGAAUGCCGGGGUUCUCCUUCUUAGAGCCCAAGUCUUUGCGACAGUGCCUUCCCGACAUCUCCGUCCACUACGUGCCGGCAGGACAGCCGCUCCUCCCGUUGCCAUUCUGGUAUGUCAUUCUCCAGGGGUCCUUCGAAAUCGUUUGCUUUGUCCCUGGCGAAGCACCACCUGCAUUGCCAGAUGGGGAGGAGGAUCCCUUCCUUCCUGAGGACCUCUGUGUUCCUCUGGUGCUUCGUCACCUUGGUCAACGCCCAGUGCACACGGGCUUCUGGGGUCUGACAGCCUCUGGCCCGGACCGGGAUGGUUGGCUGCUGGCCAACGACCAUGGAGUGACAGUCGCUAGGAUGUCUGCAGAGUGUUUGAAGCAGCUGAGUCGGUCUCACACAUGA